GACGGCCACCAAGCAGCUGAGGAGAGAGCAACCAGACGGACCCAUCAUGUCCGACAAACCAGAUUUUGCAGAAAUUGAAACAUUUGACAAGACCAAGCUGAAGAAGACAGAAACCAGAGAGAAAAAUCCAUUGCCCACUAAAGAAACUAUUGAACAGGAAAAGCAAAGUGAAAGCACAGCCUGAGUGUAAUAUUGAAGAUGUGACUGCUGCUUCUUCAGUGGGGUUUUGGCUUCUGAGUUGGAUUGAGUUGUUUUGCCCCCCCCAGCCCAUGUUUGUUGCCCAUUUAUUUUAGGAAACAUUUGCUCAUUUGAUGUUCCCUGGAGAAAUUUGUUUUGUGUUUGUUGAAGAAGAUACUAUGUAUUUGUAUUCUUAAAACUGUAAUUCCAAGUUCUGUAUCAACCCCAUUACUUGCCAAAAAAAAAAAAAAAAAAAAGCAAUUUGCAUGGAAAUUGUUUUCCUAAACCUCACAAUAAACAGGUUUCUUCUGA